UGUUCGACGUGCGCCGUCUUCCGCCCGAAGCGCGCGAAGCACUGCGGCUACUGCAACAACUGCGUCGAGCGCUGGGACCACCACUGCCCCUGGAUCGGCACCUGCGUCGGAAGACGCAACUAUCGCAGCUUCUUCGCCAUGCUCCUCUUCGCGACG